GAGCGGGAGAGAGAGAGAGAGAGAGAGAGGGGGAUGUGUUUAAUCGCAACCGUUUCCAUUGUGCCGCCGGCGUCGUCUGUGACGUCAUUAAAUUGGAGGCUUCCUGGAAGGUACGCUGGACUGCUAAUUAAAUGCUGCGAAAACCCAGAAAUGCAGCUGUGUUUCGAUUAUGAUUACCUGACCUUAUGUUAGACAGAUUAGCGGGUGUCGUAAAAUUUGCAUUGCAUUUACCUGCGGCGUUUAAAAAGGCGCUGCACAACCGUUGCCGAUCACAGUUACAAACUGCAACGUCUAACGUGAACAACGCCAACAACAAGAUUUCAAUAUGGUGCUAAGCAAUUCCACACCCAAUAAUCAUAAGCAAAACGAACUUGUCGUCGACACGGCGGCAAUGAACAGCGCCGAUCUCAGCGAGCUUCUGCAAUUGAAUGCGGAAAUUGAGGAGAGACGCUCCCGACACUCCCACUGCGAUGGUAACAGCGAUGCUCGGGGACUGCUCCGAGCAACGAUGACGCGGGAGGAGCUCUUUGAGGUCUCCUCACUGGAUGAUGAUCGUUUCCUGACAGCCUUGGAACAUCAAAACUCAUAUGUAGGCCCGUCACACGUACAAAUCACCGAUCUGGAUCUGUCCAGCAUUGAGAAUCUCAUGAAGUACUUUGAUGAAGAGGUCCCCACCACACCCAGCAAGCACACAACAUCAAUAGCAUCUGCUACUGCAUCUGCUGCUGCGGCUGCUGCUAACUGCACGGGCAAAGUGGCCAGCGUCAUUGCCAAAUUGGCCAGCCAUCCAGUGUCAGUGACGUUGUCCAAGCCUAAAGUCGACAGUGGCAAGCUGAAGAUCACCGAGUUGAAACAAAAGUAUGAGCAACCAGAUCAGCAGUGCCAGCUGGCAACUCCCCAAGCAGCUCGUGGCGCCCCUGCGCCCAAGUCGGCAAGCAGCAAGCUACCCAUGAAGGUCAGGGAGAUGGCACAGCUGUUCAACUCGAAGUUCAAUCAGGUAAUGGGGCGAGUCGAGCAUCCGCAAUAUGCCAUGCUGCACAAUGAUCUAUCACUAUCACCAGAGCCAGUUAAAGCACAACCCAGACAGAGGCAACCAGAGCAGCCCUCAGUUCAGGGUCCCUGUCUGGUGGCCGAGGACGUCUUUCGGGAGUUGAGUGUCAGGGAUAAGGCGUUGCUGUUCAAUAAGUUUGUCAGCGACAUUGCCGCCAAGCAUCCCAAAUUCAAUGAGCAUGCUGCCGAUCUUAAAGCGCAGGCCACAAAGCAAAUGGCACGCGGUGAAGUUAUUGCCGAGCAGCAGGCCAGUGUCAAGCAUCUCGCCCAGGAACUGGAGGCCAAAUGUGUGUUGCAAUCAACACCGCCACGACUAACGAAAACAACAACAGGAACAACACCAGCAAUGCCAGCAAAGUUAUCAACACCAUCUCUUCAUGUAAGCACACUGACUGUGGUCCUGAAGCCGAGUCCAGAGCGGAAUGUAAUUGAGCUGCGAACCUCCAGCGAUCGUGUAAUGCCAUCGCAGAAGCGCAAUUUGUCAGCUAUACGGCGAGUGCUGCCGACAGAGCCGUAUGCACCACCCAAGAAGAUACGGCGCACUCAACAGGAGCGCAAUGCUGGCAGUGAGAGCCAUCUUUUUUUUCAAAACGAACCGUUGGAGAGUCUCUUCUACAGCUGGCUAAGCACUGAGAAUGGCGUGCUCUUUGACAUAACCAGUGCUUCGAACAGCGAACAGACCAUUGAGAUUGCCAGCGGUGAGGAUGAGGAUGAGAAACCCGCCCAGAGCACAGUCAGCUCCAUGGGCGAUAUGAGCCAAAAGUCUGCCGUUGAGCGACUGCUCGAGGAGGCCAUUGCCAAACUGGAGCUAGAGAGCAAAUCUAAGGAGUCCAGCUAUGUAGAGGAAAAGGAUGUGGAUACGGCAGCAACGCUAAUCCAAACGCCAACUGCUGCACCAGCCACACCUGUCACGCCCACGCCACGUAAAAUUAAAAGACCAGCGCCUCCAGUUCCUGCUCCACGUCCAAGUCUGGUGCAGCCGCAGUCCGGCUGCACGACAUUGAGCAGCUCUUCGAGUUGCAAACAAUCUGAUGCUGAGGAAAGUGAAUCCGGCUUGUCUACAUUACCUAAGAUAACCAGUGAUGAAUCUCAGCCAGAAAUGCCUGCAACACCAAAUGAAGCAACCGAAUUUGAUUUUAUGAAGCCCGUGCGACCGCCGCGUAAAAAGAAAAUGCGUCGCACGCUAACCUGGAAAAAGGAGAACUCCAUUGUGGAGGCCACUGCCAAUGCUGUAACCAGCACCGACUCUGAGCCCGAUUACAAGCCAAACAAGAAAAAGUCAACAAGUACAACUAGUCCAACUGCUGCUGCAACUCCAACGCAGCCACUGCCAUUGCCCGAGCAAAGCUACAUUGAGCUGGACAAGUCGCUGAUGCGUCAAGUGAACUCGCCCAGAAAGAUCAAGUCUGCGUAUACGUUGACAGUGAUGUCCUCGCCAUCGCCGAAUGCCGACAGCGAUCAGUCACCCUCACAGACGCCGCGUCAGUCCCUAGAUCAGCACUUGCGCGAUAGUUCCGUUGAUCAGGGCUUUGAGACAUGCUCCAAUGACAUGGACAACAGUCCGUUACGUCGCUCCUCGCUGGGCGUGGGCCAAUCGAAGCCCUCUGGCUUCUCCACGCCGGUCAAGGGACGUAAUUGUGUUAGUGUUGCACAGCAGCAGCUUUUCAGUCCCAUUGGUGCAGCCGGACAACUGGACAAGUCACGUCGCAGCUCGUUGGCCAUGCAAGUGAUACGGGAGGAUCACCCGUUGGAUUUGGCCAACACAUCGGAUGCACCAACAACACCAACGUGCAGUGAGCGCGAAUUCUUUGCCAAUGCACCAACUGUGGAAAUGAGCUCUUCACAGCUGGAGGAGCUGCCGCCAAGCAAACCGCAGUCGAAGUUUUGGAUUAGCGCCGGUGAUUUUACAGUCGCAAUGGAAAUUAUGCACAAUACACCGGAACGUUUGCGUUUGCUGUACGAGAUCUUUACGCAAAAGACGUGGGAAACCCGUGAACUGACCUUUGGCAUCGAUGGACACAAGUUUUGCCAAUCGGCAGCUGGCGUCCAGGAGGCAAAAGGUGGUCUGCCCGAGCGACCACCGAAUGUGAAAGGAUUCUCACACUAUUGGUUUGCCAGCGGUGACCUGGCUGUGCCCUUCAGUGGCAAGCACAUGCCCAGCGAGAAGAUUGAGCGUCUGUUUCAGUUCCUUGAUGCAGAGCUAGGCACUGACGUAGGUCAAGAGCUGCGUUUUGGCGUCGAUCAUUUUGAAUUUAGCUGCGUGCCCGAGUUCUGGCACACAUCGCCCAAGUUCUCCAUAGAGAGCAGCUACAGCAUGCUGGUUGGUCUGCAGACGGGUAAUAGCAAUGGGCUUGAGGGACGGAGCAAGUAUGCCUGGCCCAACAACACUCACAACAAUGGCUCCAGCAAUGCGAUCAAGACCAGCGAUCUGGACCAAACCGAAUUCGAGUCGGAUAGCUUCAGCAACAAUAGCGGUCGACUUUCCUUUUCGCCGGAUCUCUUUAGCCAGGAGUAUGAGAAUGUGCCGCUGGAUGAGCUCUUUGAUAAAACACUACCCGUUAUCCGCUCAAAGCCGAUGAGCAUGGCCCAAAUGCUACGCACCCUUCAACAGCAGCAUAGUAAACUAAAGAGCGUGGAGCAGCGCAUUCGAAAUUACGAGUUGCCUUCUAAUCUGAACGAGGCGACUUUGAAAGAGUGCCGCGCCAGGCCGGAAAUUGCCAACAAGCUGCGUGCCAUUGAUAAUAUUGCACGCAGCAGUGGAUUUCGCGCUUGCUCCAUGGAGGAGCUGGAGAGCUAUAUGCAGUUCCUUAUCGAGUAUGCGGACAUUUGUCUGGGCAGCUGCAGUGAACACAUCGAGCAGAUUGUCGACACGCUUCUGGACCGACGCUCCGUCGCCGUUUAAUUCGAAGAAUUGCCAAUAAGCACUAUUUAAUAUCAGUAUAAUCAGUAUAUUAUAGCCACUAAACAUAUAAUGUUAUAAAUAUUUCAUUACUAAUACAUAUAAUCUUUAAUAAAAAUUAGGCUUGAUUAAUUUACAUUGCCCUUAAACAUCAGAUAGUGGCUUAAAGUUCAAAAAUGUAUAGCUUGUAAAAUAAAUUAAAA